AACCAUAAUAGCCUUGGCCAUAAGGAAUUGUAUUUCUGUGAUAUAUAUAUAUAUAUAUCCUGCAGAUGAGGAAAUCCACAUGUAUUCACAGAAAUAACCUAGGCCUGUAUCUAUUGGUCUCUGGGAAAGUUGUCAAUGAAGAAGCUCGUCCCAUGAACAGUUCCCCUCCCCACCUCAACCCUACAGCAGUCACUUUGUCACCCUCCUGAGGUUGAAAACGAAACUACACACCAUCCCAGAAAUAUGGACGUGGAUACAAUGUCCACUGUUAUUCUUUGACAGUGUUUCCACGCAGAAUGGAACUCAUUUGUCAGAAUGGCUCUAUUGUUGCAAAGCACCUGACCGAAUUUUCCAGAACAAUGUUGCUACUUUCUAGAGAUAGACGAACGUGUCAACAUGUCCAGCAUUAGCAUGUCCAGAAAUAAAUUGUUAGCCUAGGCUUCAUCAACAAAAUGUUACAUUUGUGUGGUACUUGUUUCAUGAUCAGGCUUACUAGAAGAUGUGUGUCUCUGUGUUCUCUCCCACAUACACUUUAAUGGUUGAAAAGUGGACUGGCUAAAUAGAGGACUAGGCUUCUUCUUAAAUAUAACCAAUCACGUGACCGCUGCGGAAGUUUUCGGUGUAUUUGCUGCUGGUGCUUUUGAGGCGUGAGAAUAUGUCAUCGGCUAACUCGUCCUGAAAUAUCCCAAAAUACCGCAACAACUAAACUCCAGUCACCAGGGAAACUGUUCAAAACACAGAGAAGGUUUGAUCUGAACACUGCCUGGACACACACAGGGACACACAUCUUCACACACACGUACACGAAGAGACACACACCCACUCAAACACACACUCUGUGGUGAUGUCUGAUUCGGAGGGGUGUGUGUCGGUGUGGGAGUGGCUGUGUGUGCUGCAUCUGGAACAGUAUCUCCCAGUGUUCCAGGACGCCGGGUUUGAAACGUUAUUGGAAUGCCAAGGGCUGACCCAGGAUCAGCUGGAGACGAUUGGAAUCACAUUGCCUGGACACCGCAAACGCAUCCUAGCUAGUCUGCAAAAAACACAUCACACACACCCCGAGAGAGAGCACGAUGCCCUACUCACACACUUGGCUGCAGAGGGAGACCAGAAAGAGGAAGAGAGAGCUGUGUUCAGACCCAGUCCUUUGGGAAGAGAGACACUACUACCGGCACAGAGACCAGUAUCCAGAGGAGAGAGACCAGUCCCUAAGGAGAGAUCAGUGUUCAGGGAAGAAGAGAGACCAGUCCCUAAGGAGAGAUCAGUGUUCAGGGAAGAAGAGAGGGAUGGAGAGAGACCGAGACCAGUCCCUAAGGAGAGGAAUAAGUACCGCUCUGUCCCUGUAGAGACAUUGGACUGUGGCCAGACUUCCCCCCAUCCCAACCCUACCUUCUGCCCUACCACCCCCAAUCCCAACUCUACCUCCUAUUCUACCGCCCCCCAUUCUACUGCCCAGGACCCCCUCUUACCCCCCAUCCCCCCUCGCAGCACCCCAAACGGCCCCCCACUACGCUUCAUCCCCACCUCCCCUAAACACUCACCCAUGGCACCCAAACCCAGAUGUAAACAUAACAAUAAACACCCCUCUACAAACACCCCGACUACUGUACCCCUCUCUAGCCUCUCCACCAAUCCCCCCACUGUACCCCUCCCUAGCCUCUCCACCAAUCCCCCCACUGUACCCCUCCCUAGCCUCUCCACCAAUCCCCCCACUGUACCCCUCCCUAGCUUCUCCACCAAUCCCCCCACUGUACCCCUCUCUAGCCUCUCCACCAAUCCCCCCACUGUACCCCUCCCUAGCCUCUCCACCAAUCCCCCCACUGUACCCCUCUCUAGCCUCUCCACCAAUCCCCCCACUGUACCCCUCCCUAGCUUCUCCACCAAUCCCCCCACUGUACCCCUCCCUAGCCUCUCCACCAAUCCCCCCACUGUACUCCUCCCUAGCCUCUCCACCAAUCCCCCCACUGUACCCCUCCCUAGCUUCUCCACCAAUCCCCCCACUGUACCCCUCCCUAGCCUCUCCACCAAUCCCCCCACUGUACCUCUCCUUAGCCUCUCUCCCUCUCCUGUUUCACCAGCCAGACACCCCCAGCAGGUGGGGGAGGGAGGGAGAAAGCCCUCCCCUGUUUCACCAGCCAGACACCCCCAGCAGGUGGGGGAGGAAGGGAGAAAGCCCUCCCCUGUUUCACCAGCCAGACACCCCCAGCAGGUGGGGGAGGAAGGGAGAACGCCCUCCCCUGUUUCACCAGCCAGACACCCCCAGCAUGUGGGGGAGGAAGGAAGAAAGCCCUCCCCUGUUUCACCAGCCAGACACCCCCAGCAGGUGGGGGAGGAAGGAAGAAAGCCCUCUCCUGUUUCACCAGCCAGACACCCCCAGCAGGUGGGGGAGGAAGGAAGAAAGCCCUCCCCUGUUUCACUAGCCAGACACCCCCAGCAUGUGGGGGAGGGAGGGCGAAAGCCCUCCCCUGUUUCACCAGCCAGACACCCCCAGCAGGUGGGGGAGGAAGGGAGAAAGCCCUCCCCUGUUUCACCAGCCAGACACCCCCAGCAGGUGGGGGAGGAAGGAAGAAAGCCCUCCCCUGUUUCACUAGCCAGACACCCCCAGCAUGUGGGGGAGGAAGGGAGAAAGCCCUCCCCUGUUUCACCAGCCAGACACCCCCAGCAGGUGGGGGAGGAAGGGAGAAAGCCCUCCCCUGUUUCACCAGCCAGACACCCCCAGCAGGUGGGGGAGGAAGGAAGAAAGCCCUCCCCUGUUUCGCCCUCUUUCUCCUCCUCUUUCUUCUCAGUUGAACAAUAUGACCAGUCUUCCUCUUCUGAUCAAGACGUGCCCACCCUCCCCUCUAAAGUCUACGUGGUGGGGGCGGGCCCUAAAGAGCCUCGCGGCCCUGCUCCAAUUUCACGUCGACCUCCUGUCUUGCCCCCCAGAACCACACACACACAUAGCGAUGCUCCAGUCGAUGAGCCGCACACAGAGCGAACUCCACCCCCCCCGCCUCGGACCAGGGUACACAACACACCAGUCAACACGCAGCCUGCUCUGCCCAUGAGAAGAGUCCCCCAGCCACCGCCUGAAAUCAGGUCAGAUUUUGGUGACAGUUCAGAUGACUCUGAGGAUCCAGACCAAGUUUACCCCAAACCCCAGUCUGUGAACAUGGCAGACAGGGAUAUGUUCCUGCCGGUGCCGGGGUGGGGGAAGGGGCGGUACAGCUCUCUCUGCAGCGACGAUGAACUAUUGGACGAUGACAACGAGCCAAUCAGCAACCGUCGGAGCUCAUGGCAGGACUAUGGUCUGAGUACACUACAGGAGAGUGUCUACCUGCCGGUGACAGGCAGGGUCCUAGCCCAGCCCCCUAGAGAUGGCCCCUCCCCUGAACCCUGCCCUGUUCUAAAGAUGGGCUGGCUGGAUAAGAACCCACCGCAGGGGUCUCUGUACUACCAGAGGAGAUGGGUGAAGCUGGAUGUUGACUACCUGAGAUACUUUGACAACGACAAGGAGGUAUACUCUAAGAGGAUCAUACCAACGGCUGCCAUUACGGGGGUGACCAACGUGGGGGAGCAGAAGUUUGAGGUGGUCACAACCAACCGGACCUUUCUCUUCAGAGCCGAGAGCGACUUUGAGAGGAAUGAGUGGGUGUCAGUUCUGCAGAACUUCACUAGGGGGCGCCAGGAGGGCAGCAGGGAGAUUCCUUCAUCGAUCUCACCCUCCUCACUGACCCCUGGUUCACCCCUGACCCCUGAACAGCAGGGCUACCUGGAGCUGAGGGGCCUGCGCUCCAAACUCUACACGGUCGUCUACGGAGACAAGGUCUUCCUCUACAAGAACAUGGAGGACUACCGCCUUGGCAUCGGCAUCACGUCUAUCGACAUGAACGUAGGAAACGUGAAAGACACUGACCGCCGCAGCUUUGAUCUGACAACACCCUACCGCAUCUUCAGUUUUCUAGCGGAUUCAGAACAGCAUAAGGACCAGUGGGUAGAAGCGAUGCGUGACGCGAUUGGAGAGGCUCUUUCCAAUAGCGAGGUGGCUAAUCAAAUCUGGGCGGAGCGUAGCAAUGGUUGCUGUGCCGACUGUGGCGCCGCCAAACCUGAGUGGGCUGCCAUCAACCUGUGUGUGGUGGUCUGCAAACGCUGUGCAGGAGAGCACCGUGGUUUGGGCCCCAGCAUCUCUAAGGUGCGCAGUCUGAAGAUGGACAGGAGGGUGUGGACAGAGGAGCUUAUACAGGUGUUCCUGUUGCUAGGUAAUGAGCGUCUGAACAGAUUUUGGGCGGCGAACGUCCCUCCCAGCGAGGCGCUGAGUCCGACCAGUUGCAGCGACGACCGCCGACGAUUCGUCAGCUCCAAAUACAGACAGGGAAAAUACCGCAAAUACCACCCCCUCUACGGCAACCAGGAAGAGCUUAACAACGCCCUGUGUAUAAACGUGCAGUGCAGUGAUGUGCUGGAGACGUUGUGUCUGGUGUUCUGUGGAGCUGAUGUGAACUGUUCUACUGGCCAGGCAGACUGUCCCUCCCCCCUCUCCCUGGCACUCGCACACAACCAGAAACUACAGGCCCAGUUCCUCUCACACAACCUCAACACAGAGCUGCCUCGGUCGGAGGUGACUGGGGUCAUGGAGCCUCAACACUAUUCACCACAGCACCCCGUCACUCACAAUGGCUUCCUUUUCAAGACCGCCUCCAUGGCCCGGCCUAUCACGGAGCGUAAGGCCAGGGAGGAGUUCAGUCGUCGCUGGUGUACGUUGAAUGAUGGGAACUUUAGUUACUACGAGAGUGACAAGACCUCCACGCCCAACGGAACCCUGAAGUCUACAGAGAUAGUCUGUCUGGCUGUCAACACACCAGAGAGACAUGGCUAUGACCAUACAUUUGAGCUGUACUCAGACUCUGAGCGUAUCUAUCUCUUUGGCACUGAUGGCCCAGACAGCCACAAGGAGUGGGUUAAGUCCAUCACCAAGACGUUUAUUCCAUCCAAUGCAGAGGGCCUGUUGAGGCUGGCUUUUGAAAGGAUUGGCCGGCUGCGGUAUAAAGACGGGCUGAAUCUACAGAGUCCUCGGGUUGGCUGGUUCGCGCUGGUCGGCUCCUCCCUCCAUGCCUACCUAGAGGACAGUGUGGAAGAGGAGGAGAUACACCUACGCAAACUACAGGAGCUCUCGAUCCAGCAGGAGAAUGAGGUACUGGUUCUGGUGGAGAGAGGCAGGACUCUGUACAUCGAGGGAGAGAGGAAGCUUGACUUCCAGGGUUGGUGUGUGUCCAUGCAGAGAGCAGCAGGCAGUGCAGGAGACUCUCUUAGUCAGCAGCAACUAACUGAGACUGACAUCCCUGUUCUAGUGGACCGCAGCAUUGACUACAUCACACAGUGUGGUCUGACGUCCGAGGGUAUCUACCGUAAGAGCGGUGUGAACAGUCGCGUGGCGGCACUGUGCGAGGCGUUUCGGCGGGAUGCCCGUAGCGUGCGUCUGAAGGAGGGGGAGCACCAGGUGGACGACGUGUCUAACACACUGAAACGCUUCUUCAGAGAGUCUGGAGAGGGACUGUUCACCACACAUGCUGCUAGCGCAUGGCUCAGCACACCUGUGAUCCCAGAGGAGAGCAGCAAGAUCUCUCAGUAUCAGCUGCUGCUGAGCCGCCUGCCCAGAGUCAACAAGGCCACGUUACGAGCCCUGGUCAACCACCUCUACUGUGUGCAGCGGUUUGCAGAGCUGAACCAGAUGAAUGUCCAUAACCUGGCUAUAGUAUUUGGCCCAACACUGUUCCAGACCGACGGGAAGGACUUCACAGCUGGCCUCGUCGUAGAGGAACUCAUAGAGCACUACACGGACGUCUUUGAGGUGGAUGAGCAGCAGCUGAAAAGGCAGCUAGAUGAGAUCACGGCCAUUAUUAAAGUCCGAGAGAAGUUGAACCACAACUCCAGCGUCCCUGCGUCGGGGUCAGCAGGUGACUUCAUCUGUACAGUGUACCUGGAGGAGUGGAAGGAGACGGCAGAGCAGCAUGUCAAGAUCCCUGGUUCUAUGACGGCAGCAGAGCUGACCUGUGAGAUUCUGGACCGGCGGAAGAUCCAGGUCAGAGAGAAAGACUACUGGAGCUGCUGGGAGGUCAGCCAGAAGGAGGAGAUGGAGCGUCCGUUGCAUCAUCUGGAGCGUGUGUUACCCAUCAUCCAUUCACUGGGUACCGACUCCCACUUGCUGGUCAAAAAACAUCUCGCCAUGGAGGCCAUACGCAUCUACCUGGCCAGUAAAGUGGAUGUGUCCAAGCACGGGAUGGUGAAGUUCCGGGAGGAGAGGAGCAUUCUGGGAUUGGGACUGAAUACCGGCAGCUUCCACGACCGCUACUUCAUCCUCAGCACGGUCUCCCUCAGGAUGUACAAGGAAGUGCGGAGUAAUCGUCCAGAGAGGGAGUGGCAGGUGAAGAAUCUGAGGGUCUAUCUAGGCAUCAAGAAGAAACUACGACCACCCACCUGGUCAGAACACACCUCUCUGUCUUCUUCUCCUGCCUGUUGGGGUCUGACUGUGAUCAAUGGAAGUGAAAAACAGGAGAAGCCAGAGAGGCAGCAAUGGUAUCUGUGUUGUGACACUCAGACAGAGAUGAGGGAGUGGUUCUCCACCUUCCUCACUAUCCAGUAUGAUGGUAACGUGUGGCCAGCGGAUGCAGUACAAACACGUGUGACCCGUGCGUUGCCGGUGGAUACGCGUCAUGCUCUUUAGAGAUGUCUGAUAAUGGAGCCAGACAAGGGGAGAGACCACCAGCUAUAGAACCCACAAACUCAUCAGAACAUUCCAGUAACGACAACCCCCCCCCCCCCCCCUGCUGCCACACACACACCUGUGCCUAUGAGCUGGACCUCUAAGCAGGGGCAGCAGGUGUGUCAUGAGGAGAGAGAGACAGAGCCUUUUAGGACAGCAGUGCACCCUGGGAUACAUGGAGGACCUGUAAGAAGCUCCUGCUAUGGACUGAGAGGCUGAGAACAAAGACUGACUGAGUACAGACUGUUACUGGAACAACCUGACUGAGUACAGACUGACUGAGUACAGACGGGCUGAGUACAGGCUGACUGAGUACAGACGGACUGAGUACAGACGGACUGAGUACAGACGGACUGAGUACAGACGGGCUGAGUACAGACGGGCUGAGUACAGACGGGCUGAGUACAGACGGGCUGAGUACAGACGGGCUGAGUACAGACGGGCUGAGUACAGACGGGCUGAGUACAGACGGGCUGAGUACAGACGGGCUGAGUACAGACGGGCUGAGUACAGACGGGCUGAGUACAGACGGGCUGAGUACAGACGGGCUGAGUACAGACUGUUACUGUUUGUCUCUGAGAGGUCUGGAGAUAAUGGGAUGAUCUCACUGACAAACCAGCCGUCCCUGUAUGUCCCACAUCAACCCUGUCCCUGUAUGUCCCACAUCAACCCUGUCCCUGUAUGUCCCACAUCAACCCUGUCCCUGUAUGUCCCACAUCAACCCGGUCCCUGUAUGUCCCACAUCAACCCGGUCCCUGUAUGUCCCACAUCAACCCUGUCCCUGUAUGUCCCACAUCAACCCUGUCCCUGUAUGUCCCACAUCAACCCUGUCCCUGUAUGUCCCACAUCAACCCUGUCCCUGUAUGUCCCACAUCAACCCUGUCCCGGUGUGUCCCACAUCAACCCUGUCCCCUCCUCUAACCGUCUCUCUCGCUCCCUGUUGUGAAGUCUCCCCUCACCUCGUCAGCCUCACCUGUGUCCCUUCUCUCUUACAGACUCCCCCAUCUCUAGAGUGCUCACCCCACCUCUCCCACUGUGUUCUCCCUCCAUGUUUUAGACUGUAAUGAUUUAUUUCUCCAGCAGAGGGAGCAGCAGAGGAAGUUAAGGGGGGACUGUCCGUUUAGAAAUCAGGUCGUGUAUGUAGGUAAACUGUUAGACAACCAUGACCGUCAAUAGACAUUAAGUUGGUUCCACUAGACUAGAGAGAGGACAGUGGUGUGUGUGUGUGUGUGUGUGUGUGUGUGUGUGUGUGUGUGUGUGUGUGUGUGUGUGUGUGUGUGUGUGUGUCCAAGUUCACUUAUUGUAGUGACAUCAUUACUCCCAACUCUAGGUCUUAACCUGUAGAAACCCACCCCCCACCAACCCAC